GGAGACAGCAGUUGAUCACACGCUGCCAGGACCAGCUUGGAAGAACUACGCCCUUGCUUUGUCCUGUAUAGAAACACCAAACACUUUAUAUAUUUUCAUCAACAGGUGUGCGAGGCGGCAACAACGAUGGGUGUCUGGUACGCGUUGUGGCUAGUGCUGGCGGCAGCACCUGCUGCUGCUGUUGCUUCUCCUUCCGAAGCCUUCAUUACUUCGUUCGGCGGAGGAGGAUCGAAGAUGCUGCGUGUCGGGCAACGACACCAGCCUUCGUUCAAAAGCAGCGGCAGCUGCUCCAGGCAGCGUCGCGCCGCCCUCGACAUGAAGUACGUCCCUGACGGCCUUUCCCCCGAGCAGUGGGAGAAGAUGCAGAAGGAGGAGGCUGAGAAAAAGAAAAAGAUGGGCAACCUUGGGGAGGUGGGAGUGAAGAGCUUCAAGAGCAGGAGCCUCCAGGCGUGGCAGGAGGACGGGGCCGGCCACCUCUUCCCCGUGGACCCCAAGAAGGUCAAAUCGGGAGAGAUCCCUCCUGAAAAGACCCCGUACAUGCAGAGGAAGGGGGCGUGGGACAACUCCGACCUGGCCAAGAAGAAUAUCCAGAAGAAGUGGUCCGCCACAGACAAGGCUUACGCUGCGAAACCGACAACGGCGGCGGAGAAGAAGGCGGCGGCGGCCAAGAAGGCGGCAGACGACAAGAGGAAGGCGCAGAAGGCGCAGAAGCUCAACCCCGAUGAUGUCGGAAAGAAGAAGGGGAUGUUCGGUCUUUGGUAGAGCAGGAACCUUUUGGGAGCUACGGAGGCGAGAGCAAGGGGUGUGUGUGUGUGCAUAGAGGUAUGAUGAGAGCAGCAAGAGAGGGCGAGAGCAAGGGGUGUGUGUGUGUGCAAAGAGGUAUGAUGGGAGCAGCAAGAGAGGGCGAGAGCGGGGAGGGGGACGGGGCGGGGCGAGGGGAGAAUGUCGGGAAAGUCGGGAAUGGACCGGCGGAAAAGGUUGUCGGGAAAGAUCGCGCGGCGGGUCAGAUUGGUUUUCGUCGUCGGUAGAUAGGAGGCGGGAAGUUGGCGCUGAGUGGUGGGGGGAGGCGGUGAAACGUCGGUGGUGGGUGGUAUAUAAUCAAUUGACGAUAUAUGCAUAGAAAAUAGCCGGAAAGGCACUUGUAACCGCGCACGGUAUUUGGCAGGGGUAUGUCUUUCUUGAGUAUAUCCGGUCACCUUGCAGUCUUGGGAAAGAAAGCGUCCGGUCAGCGUCUCGCUGGAUGUCCUUAACUUGCCUUGUUUCCCAUCAAGAGCAGAGAGAGAUAUUUCAAUGGUUUUUGCCCGUAAACCUAUCUGGAGUUUGUGGCCCUUCUUUGAUGCAAACCACAUUUUAACCUGAUUAGCGCGUCGGCAGCGGUGUCCGAGUUGUCAUGCAGAACGUGGGCAUCUGCGUGUAGUCUAAAGUAGUUUCGAUAUUUCUACGUUUUUGUUUUUAGAAUUUCCAUAAGUUUGGAGUUUUCAUCUUCAAAAGCAUUGGAAGCUACGCUGGCUACGAAAGCAUUGGAACCUACGCUGGCUGCGAAUGGCUUCGCACGGCAAAUAGCAAGAAUUUCCGGUUCUUGGCAAGGUUGCGGACUUCGACUUAUAUUCACUUAUUUCUCCUUUUCAAGGUUCGGU